AUGGGUGCCAAGUUCAAUGACAGCGAGCUGAUGGUGGGCGGCGCGCGCGGGCAGUUCCUCGUGGUGCUGGCGGCGCGCGCCGGCGACCCCGCGCAGUACGCGUGCACGGCGCAGCACCAGCUCACCGGCGAGACCAGGAGCUCCGCGCCCGCGCUGCUCUCUGUCACACAUCCGUCGGGCAGCAUGGCGCCGCGCAUGCUGGCGGCGUCCAGUGACGAGGCGGUGGCGGAGGGCGGCGACGUGCGCCUCGUGUGCUGUGCUGUGGGGAACCCGCCACCCACUUACAGCUGGUUCCGCCACGUGCACGGCCGCCUCUCCCCGCUCUCCACGGACAUGCGUGUCUCAGUCUCCGCACAGGUGCUGGUGAUACGUCGCGCGCGCGCGGGGGACGCGGGCGCGUGGACGUGUCGCGCGCACAACGCGCAUGGGGAACAGCGUCGUGAUGUGCGCCUGGUCGUGCGCGCGCCGCUCGUGGUGACCGUGCAGCCGCAGCUUCAGAUCGCGAACUCGGGCAGCUCGGUGACCUUCAACUGCUCGGUCUCGGGCGAGGCGCGCGUGCGCUGGCUGCACGACGGCGUGCCACUAGGCGGGGCGGAGCGCGUGUUGCGCGUGCACGGCGUGGCGCGCGCGCACCGCGGGAUGUACCAGUGCGUGGCCGAGCGCGACCAGGAUAGUGCGCAGGCGGCCGCUGAGUUGAGGCUGGGAGACACGGCGCCGGAGCUGCACUACACGUUCAUCGAGCAAGCCUUGCACCCGGGCCCCGCGCUGGCGCUGCAGUGCGCCGCCGCUGGCUCGCCCGCGCCGCGCUUCACCUGGCUGCUGGACGACUCGCCUGUGGACGAGCACAACACUGCACACAGGACAAUAACCCAGUUCAUGAGUCCGCACGGCGACGUGGUGAGCUUCCUGAACCUCACGUCGGUCCGCCCCGAGGACGGCGGGCGCUACACGUGCCGCGCCGCCAACUCGCGCGGGUCGGCCCAGCACUCCACACGACUCAAUGUUUAUGGUCCGCCGUCGAUCCGCAGCGCGGGCCCGCUGCGCGUGGUGGCCGGGGUCAACACCACCGUGCACUGCCCCUACUCCGGAUUUCCAAUCAGGUUGAUGGAGGUGCAUUUGCCUACUACUCCAUUGCAGUGA